CACACAUCACACAGAAACCCUGCCUGCGCUCGGAGGUCUGCGGCAGAGGGAUCCCCUGGAGUCCCCGGCCAGCCUGAGCUACGGGGGCGAGACCCCGUCUCAAAAAAAAAAGACCAAUUUUAAGUUGUCACCUCCGGGGAUGGGGACCACGGCGUUCCCAGCCGUUUUCCUGCUGCUCCCCGGAAUCCUGUUCCGCAGGGAGACCUGGGCGGGCUCGCACUCCCUGCGCUACUUCUACACCGCGGUGUCCCGGCCGGAACGCGGGGACUCGCGCUUCUUCACUGUGGGCUACGUGGACGACACGGAGUUCGUGCGCUUCGACAGCGACGCCGCGGACCCGAGCGUGGAGCCGCGCGUGCGGUGGAUAGAGCGGGAGGACCAGGAGUAUUGGGACGAACAGACAAAGAGAGCCACGAACAUGGCUGAGAUUUUCCGAGUGAACCUGCGCACCCUGCGAGGCUACUACAACCAGAGCAGGGACGGUUCUCACACCCUCCAGUGGACUUCAGGAUGCGAUGCGAAUUCCGAGGGGCGCUUCUUGCGCGGCCACGGUCAGUUCGCCUACGACGGUGAGGAUUACCUGUUCCUGAACGAGGACCUAAAGUCUUGGACAGCCUUGAGCAUGGCUGCUCAGACCUCCAUACUCAAAUCAGAGGAAACCGGAGACACUGAGCAGCAGAGGGCCUACCUGGAGGGGGAGUGCAUGGAGUGGCUCCUAAAAUACCUGGAGAAAGGGAAGGAGACGCUGCAGCACACAGAGCCCCCAGAGACACGUGUGACCCGCCACCCCGCCUCCAAGGAUCAGGUCACCCUGCGGUGCUGGGCCCUGGGCUUCUACCCUAAGGAGAUCUCCCUGACCUGGCAGCGGGAUGGGCAGGAGCUGACCCAAGAGAUGGAGCUGGUGGAGACCAGGCCUGAUGGGAAUGGAACCUUCCAGAAGUGGGUGGCUGUGAUGGUGCCUUCUGGAGAGGAGCAGAAUUACAUAUGCCGUGUAGAACAUGAGGGGCUGCCUGAGCCCCGCACCCUGAGAUGGGAGUCGCCUCCUCAGCUCUCCAUGGCCAUCCUGGGGAUCGUUGCUGCUGUGAUUCUCCUUGUAGCUGUGCUCCCUGGAGUUCCCUUUGUGAUGUGGAGGAGGAGGAGAGCAGGUGCACAGAAGUGGAGCUACACAGAGACCAACACUAUCCACUUGCUGAAUACCACAAGAGCACCUUUGCUCAGCACUGACCCUCCACCGAGCCAUUUCUGCAGGAAGCCAGCUGACCAAGGACUAUGCUGUGGCUUAGCUCUCAUGCCCCUACCUCCAUCCAGGGCCUCCUGCACUCAUAGGUGGGGCUUUGGGAGUGGCUGGAUCAUGGCUGCAGCACACUGGGUCACUCCAGUGACUUUUUAAGGUUCUGAGUGUGGGUGCUUGGUUGAAUGAAGAGGGAAGAACCAUCCGAGGUGUGGGUGGCACCAACCAAUAGGACUGAAGCUUGAAUUAAACAAAAAGAGAAUGAGGCUCCUGUCUGCCAUCCCACGAACCGUUCUCCUCUCCCACAUCCCUGGCCAUGCUGGCCUGCCUUGGAGUCAGCCAAGUGUAGAAGACAGCCUGGGCACCUCUCCUUGAAUGCAGAACAGUAGCUUCAGCUUUAGUUAAAGUGAGGCUUGGAUCAAAGCCUUUGUCCUGUGACUCCUCACUUGGAUCUCACCUAGGACCCCUUGGCUGCCCAUUACUCUUGCUCUGGGUUGCAUUGGAGGUGAUAGAUUGGAAUUAACUUUCUGGAAUUCCAAUUAUGCUUCUAUGGGAAUAUAAAUAUAACUUUCUGGAUUGUGGGGAGGACCAGAAAAGUGAUUGCAAUGUUUGAAUUGCAGAGCCUGUAAUCCAAAAUCUUGGGAGGCUGAGGCAAGAGGAUCAUUGCGAGUUUGAGACCAGCCUGGGCUACAAAGUGAGUUCAAGUCCAGUCCAACCUUCAUAAUGAGACCCUGUCUCAAAAAGACAAAAAAAAAAAAGGUUUUUUUUUUUUGGAUUACAGUAUUCGGUGCCCAACGUGGGGCACAAGCCCAUCACCCUGAGAUUAAGAGGAUUCGAUUUACCACUAGCUUCUCACAUUCAUUUAUUGAGGGGGAACCCAACUUUAAUUCCUACAGGGGUCUAUUGGCCUCCAGCAGAAGCAUUUGUGGGAUUUAUCGUAGGAAAAUCAAGCUUAAUUCCUAAAGUCUUAUAGUUCCAACUUUAAUACAUGGUGAUUAUCAUCAAGAAAUGUUGGGUGCAGUGCAUUCCACUGAUAUUUGGAUGAUCAAACCUGGUGAUCUGAGGGCACAGAUCUUACUUUUCCCACAAUUCAGCUGCCACCUGCUCCCUAUCCUUCAUGGAAACCCAGUACAGACAAGUCCUUGAGCAAGGAAAUUUAUUUUUCCAAAAUGUCCCAUCUCAAACACCUGCCUGUACUCUUAAAUUGAAUGGAAUACCUUUUGCUGCUUUAUUAGACACAGGAGCUGACAUCACAAUAGUCAACAGCCAAUCUCGGUUAUCCACUUGGCCAACUGAACCUGAUCCUCAGCCCUAGUAGAUCUGGGAUUCUAGUUGUGAAUAUCAGAAUGAGUAGAAAAGAAGAAUUUAACUAAAGCAAUACAAUUUGUUGCUACAACUGACCUGUAUAAAAGAAUUAAUUUCACAAAGUUUUCAGGUCAUUUUUAAUACCUUUUUGUUUGUUUGUUUUUGGUCUUUUUGAGGCAGGGUCUUGUUAUAGAGCUCAAACUGGACUUGAGCUCUCUUGGUAGCCCAGGCUGGUCUCAAAUUUAUAAUGAUCUUCCUGCCUCAGCCUCCCAAUCCCAUGGAUUUCAGGCAUGCAGCACCACACCUAGAUUAGCAAAUAUCAUUUUUAAGGACAUGUGCCUGCAUUAGUUUUCAGCUAUGAAGUUGAAAUACUGUUGUGUUUUGUUUAAAGGUCACCCCAAAGCCUUAUGCAGUCAUGGAGGUAGCUGAGUCUAGCACUUGUGAUUGGUUCUUUGUCUAGCACUGGGAUUGGUGGUGUGGGUGCUGCAUCCACCCAGGGUUGGGUAACCAACAUGCAAUAUAAGGGAAAGAGACACGCAAUUCCCUGUUUACCCUGUUCACUCUUGCCAUUGUGGCCACCAUGAGCAGCUGCCCUCAGCCACGCCACCCUGCCUUGGACCAGCUGAAUAUGUACUGAAACCUCCAAAAACUAUAAGCUAAAUAAAGUUUUCCUUCCUUCUU